UUGCCCACCUUGUCCACAGAGAGGUGUAGAAAGAUGGGGAAACACAACAGCAAGCUUGCUCCUGAGGUGCUUGAUGACUUGACCAAGAGUACAGAGUUCAACGAAGCUGAGCUGAAGCAAUGGUAUAAGGGGUUCCUGAAGGACUGUCCAUCUGGCAUCCUCAAUCUGGAAGAGUUCCAGCAACUCUAUGUCAAGUUCUUUCCUUAUGGCGACGCUUCAAAAUUCGCCCAGCAUGCCUUUCGGACGUUCGACAAAAACGGUGAUGGCACCAUUGACUUCAGGGAGUUCAUCUGCGCGCUGUCCAUCACUUCCAGGGGAAGUUUUGAGCAGAAACUCAACUGGGCCUUCAACAUGUACGACCUGGACGGAGAUGGCAAGAUCACGCGCAUGGAGAUGCUGGAGAUCAUCGAGGCAAUCUACAAGAUGGUUGGGACGGUGAUCAUGAUGCGUAUGAACGAAGACGGGCUGACCCCACAACAGCGUGUGGACAAAAUCUUCAGCAAGAUGGACAAGGACCACAACGACGAGAUCACGCUGGAGGAGUUCAAAGAGGCGGCCAAGAGCGACCCCUCCAUUGUUCUUUUACUGCAGUGUGACAUGCAGAAGUAAGGAAGGAGAGGAGGAAGAUGAGUGAAGUGGGCUGGGGGUGUAGGGAGGGGAGGAGAACCAUGUACAGACUUCUAGAGAGAUGUAGGUAAUAGAUAAUGAGAGGAAAUGUACAUACAGCUGAACAUAAGUUAGAGCGCAUGAUAAUCCUGCGAAUGUUAAGGGAAAGAUUAUGGUGAUUUGAAAUGAUUAGUCAAAGUCAUGCAAGAGAGAGUCUUUUCCACCCCGUAUCACUUAUUACACAUUCUGUCUGCUUUCCAGCCUCUAGAGAGAGUCAGAAAGUUCAAAAGAUUGAAUCCCUAAUACAAGACAUUUCUUUGCUCAAAAAGGUCACUUCUGAGCCAACUAACUCCCUUUUAGGAUUAGAAGCAUAUUCGACUAAUUUAAUGUAAUAAUAAUACAUAAUGAAAUGAAAAUUACAUUUGAUUCUGAUCCAUUUUUUAAUCAAGAUUUUUUAAAGAUAGAAUUUUUUUGCAGUUUUGGGCAUGACUUUAUUUUUCACUCAGAAGUUGCCAGUACACUUGACAAAUAACUACAAAGAAGCGGCAAACAAGACAUUGAUUAAAUAUACAAUUUAGAAAGAUUUGGGGGUUUUUUUCACUACAAAAAAAUCUGAUUAUUUAGUGUUCCAAUUUAUUUAUUUUCUUUUAUUUAUUGGUGGAUAUUGAAAUGACCUGGUAUUUAAGAUACUUAAUAGUUCAUGCUCAUUUCACAUUACUUUUCUGUCAUCUAACACUCACUUGAAGUUAUUACUAUCUUUAAAACACACAAAUCAUUUAACAACACCGUUAAAUAUAAUCGGCAGUAAAUUUGUUUGAAAUUUUCAUACUGUACAUUUUUGUUUUUAAUUGUAUUUCAUUUAUUACGACAAAACUGCAUUUUUUUCUAUUAUUCAUUUAUCUACAGAAGAGAUUACAAGAACACAAGAAAGAGGGCUUCCGGUUAUCAGUUAUUGCGCAUAACAAAAAUGAUCUGCUUAUCUAUUGGCCAAAUGUUUCUACUAUUUUUUAAAUUAUUUCUCUAUUUGUUUAUUUUUCGCCCAGAUUGAAAAUGUCAGAACAGCAACGUGCCCGGUUACAGGCUGUGCCAGAGUAAGAGCAUUACAAGAGUUCAGGGCAGGACUGAAUCCUUUGACAUUUGUGGGUGCCUUCAUAUACAGCGCUCUAGCCCACCAGAUAACACUGCAGCAAAUAAUACUGACACAUUAGUGGAGUUUGAACGCAUUGCCAUAAUCUGACGAUACCAUCACGGAGCGUAGUCUAAUUGCGUUAUUGGCCGAGAUAAAACUGAAAAGCCGUGGCUGAGUGAAAGGGUGGUAUUUCGUAACGGGUCAUGCCAGAAAAUGAGGAGUAGCUUUAGCUAGAGAACUGACAAUAUAUGUACAUGAUGACAUUUUGUACAUAACGCCUAUACACAUGCUUAAUAUGUACAUGUAAAUGUUUCUCUACCUUAGAACUGCUUUCAUAAUCUGACACGGCUGCAAUGAUUUUUGUGCUAACACAAAAAAAACCCUUAUUGUACUUACGUGUGUGGGUCUGUCUGCGGAAGAGGGAAACUAACGUGUGUGUUUUCUUCACUAUAAUCUGGUGCGAAAGCUGCAGCGUGCGAGUGUGUGAGUUCACGUGAGAGAACACAAAUGCCUCAACCUUUGUAUUAAUUCUUUCUUAUGAUCUUCACGCCAGUGCUAGGAGUAUUACGCCGUCGUGUUUGUUGUUACCUGGUGCGACUGGUGAGCUGUGUGUUUCUUUUUCGGUCAUGAGAGCUUUAGUUCUGUCUUUAUUAGUUCAUCUCUUCUUUCAUAAGCUUUGCAGGUGUCACCCAAGGGGAUUUUAAUUGUAUGAAUAUUGUCAAUGUUCAACUACCUUUCUUUAUUCUUGUAAUAUAAGUGGACACAAAUGUAAACCAGACGCAGAAUGUGUAGUACUUGUUAAUGUUACUAUGCCGCAAUACUUACUAACAUGAAAUUACUGUUGCACUAUGUAGUGAGUAGAGGAAAUAGCUUUAGUUUUAGACUGCCUCCCUGUGGUGAAACAUGUUAAUUCAUUUACCCAGUUAACUUAGCACCAGAUCCUAGCAAACGCUAGGAUUUCACUGAGAACCAGGGCUGUCGGGGGUCCAGCUGAGUUCCCCACCUGAUAUAGUUUGUGUGAAUUUUAACAGCAACCCUCCUUAAAGUACAUAAAUCUAAUUAGAGCAGAUUUGGAGCAAUUUAUCUCACCAAAGAAUCCUCUGCAGUGAAUGGGUGCCGUGAGUCCAAACUGUUAAUAAAAACAUCACAAUGAUAAAGAAGUAAUCCACAGCACUCCGUUCUCUCAGUUACGAGUGUCCGUAGGAAUCAAAUCAUGCGUUAAGGCAUUUUAACUUUAAACUGUUGCUUCCUGCCAAAAUAUGAGUGAUCUGUAAUAAUUAUUCAUUCAGUUCACUGCACAGGAUCCACUGAUGAGCAGAUUUCUCUUUUAAAACUCUAUACUUCUAGAUACCAAUGAGGAGGCUCUUACCGGAACAUCGCGCUACAAAUAAGCAAUGAUUAUUUGUAUUAUUUAUCCAUCUUUAUCUAAGUGACUUAUUUUUCAUUAGUGAAAGGCUGUAGCAAUACUCAAAGAUGAAUCCGAUUUAUUUUGCAGCAUAUCCUGUGACUUUACAUCCUCAGCGAUGUAGAACAGCAGUUGAAGCAAUUUCUUUACUCGCCUAUAAGCAGAUUUUUGUCACAACUGCUUUUACACUACUCAUAAUCUUGUGAAAUCCUCGUGGGAUGUGUCUCCUGUCGCAUUCACACACCUCUGCUGCUGUUUUACACCUCUGCUCAUGAGCGGCAAGUGUAAUCUCUUUCUUAUUGUGUCACAUGGUAGCUUUCUUUAUACUAAACUGUGCUAUCCCUUGUGAAAAAGAAGUGUGCUUAACUGUACGUGCACAUGCAGUGUACUUCAAAUUUUUUAGGUGUAUUAAAAAAUAAAAAAAAAGGUAAUAUAAUAUUAUGGAAUUAAAAGGCCACUUAAAGAAAGUAUACUUGUAUAACUAUUUCUUAAUACACUUAGGUAACCUUUGUAAUAAUGUCACAAUUAAAAGUCAUUUUAAAUCAUUAUGUGUAAAAAAAAUCUCUUGUCAUGAUUUGUUUUUAUUAACAUAUUAAAGCUCAUGUAAAGUGCUACUUUGGUUAAUUUAUUUUAAAAGCACUAAACUACAACUUCAUCAUUACAAAUGUAUACAUACAGAAUUAUUUAAAUAUCUGACAUAAAAUGUUACACGGAAUUGAGAUUUUAAAUGAAUUCAUGUUAAUACAACGAUGCUCUCAAGUGCUGCUUAAGUGGGUGAAAAGAAAGAAAACUCCAAAAUUCUUGCAUGUAAUGUUCAUUCAAACUGCAAUAACCAAUUUGUAAUUAACAUGCGGUUAAGUGUCAGAAAACAGUUCACGCUUAAGCAUAUUAAGUACUCUUUUUAAAAGUAUGCUAAGGUGUGCAUCUUUUUCACAAGGGAGAAUCUAAUUUAAUUGGUCACUGUCACUGAAUUUCAUCUUUGACCACAAUUCAGAGCUGUGCCAGCAUUACUCAAUAUAUGGUCUGCAAUCUUUCAGACUGACCAUCUGACUAUCUAAUGAUCACUGUGAUUAGAUUACAUAAACGCAGUUAUGGUCAUUGGUAAUGAUUAUGGGAAGUGCAAAAUGGGCCUUGUGGAUGUUGUGCAAUGUACCGAUCAGCCUCUGAGCUCGAGUCCGAUAUGAUCCUUUCUGUGCCAAAGACUCUUAAAAUUGGAUAAUUGAGAUAUAUAUUAAAUAUAUAUGUAAACAUGGAUGUUCUGAACUUGCACCCAAUUAUUCAAAAUGUAUUUUGAUUGCGUUAACAUUUACAUUACAGCUUAAAAAGGUGUGUAACCUUCCACCGCAAAUUCUAACAUUGUCCCAAAAUGAAAACACUGAAAAGGGAGUAAAUGUGUCCAUUCGUGCAAUACUAUGCUUUCUGUACUGUAUGUGUGCUGUGCAUUUCUAAAUGUCUGGUUUCUGUUCACUUUUUCAAUAUCGUAAAGCUCCUGGAACAAAGAUGUGUAAUUAUUUUUGUUACAUAGAGAAUUAAAUAUGUGGAUGUCUACUGAAUCA